UUUGGAAAGGACUUACACAUUUUCACCAUCUUUGAAAUCUCUCUCAUCUUUGAGGCAUGUCUUCUUCGAUGCGGUACUUCUUUAUAGUCUCUGUCUCUUGUGUGAUCAUUUUUAUCGUGCUGUAUGUGUUCAGUUUUGGGGGAGAGCAGAGUUUCCAGAGGCUGAAUAAUUCAGACACUCUACUGCUGACUCAAGUUUGCACAUCCUUUUUCAAAGGCAAAACCCCUUUCCUGUGGAGAAACAAACUAAUGAUAUAUGAGAAGUCUUCUUGCAAAGAAUACCUGACCCAGAGCCACUAUAUCACAGCCCCUUUAUCCAAAGAAGAGGCUGAGUUUCCUUUGGCAUAUAUAAUGGUCAUCCAUCACAAUUUUAAUACCUUUGCAAGGCUCUUCAGAGCUAUUUACAUGCCACAGAAUGUCUACUGUGUUCAUGUGGAUGAAAAGGCGACAGUUGAAUUUAAAGAUGCAGUGGAGCAAUUACUGAACUGCUUCCCAAAUGCUUUUCUGGCUUCCAAGAUGGAGCCAGUUGUCUAUGGUGGGAUUUCCAGGCUCCAGGCUGACCUGAACUGCAUCAAAGAUCUUGUGGCCUCGGAGAUCCCAUGGAAGUACGCCAUCAACACCUGUGGGCAAGAUUUCCCCCUGAAAACCAACAAGGAAAUAGUUCAGUAUCUGAAAGGAUUUAAAGGGAAAAACAUUACCCCUGGGGUGUUGCCUCCAGCUCAUGCAAUUGGCCGGACUAAAUAUGUCCACCGAGAGCACCUGGGCAAAGAGCUGUCCUAUGUGAUAAGAACCACAGCUCUGAAACCACCUCCUCCCCAUAAUCUCACCGUUUACUUUGGCUCUGCCUAUGUUGCUCUAUCAAGAGAAUUUUCCAACUUUGUUCUCCAUGACCCACGGGCUGUUGAUUUGCUCCAGUGGUCCAAAGACACUUUCAGUCCUGAUGAACAUUUCUGGGUGACGCUCAAUAGGAUUCCAGGUCAGUCUUCUAAAGAAUGUACAGAGGGAAGAUGCUGACAAAUUAUUUAUCCAAGUUCAUCCUCAGAGCACUGGAGUUCAGAAACUUGCACUGUGCCACACUUUUGGUGUUUCCUGAGGGCCAAAUGCUGUGACGUGAAAGGCACUGUGAGGACUGAACUUCUGCUCAACAAGACUUCUCCCCAUAACAGCUGGGCCGAUUGUCUUCAAAGAGCUGAUUUGAGAGGUGUCCCUGGCUCCAUGCCAAAUGCAUCAUGGACUGGUAACCUCAGAGCCGUCAAGUGGAUUGACAUGGAAGAUAAACACGGAGGUUG